GCUUCUUUUUUUUUUCCUUCAUAGAAACGAAACAAUGGCUAAAAAGGAAGUGAUGCUGCUGGGGAAGUGGGCAAGCCCAUUUGUUCGGAGAGUCGAAUGGGUAUUGAAGCUGAAAGGCAUCCAAUACGACUAUGUUGAAGAAGAUCUCUCCAACAAGAGUUCUUUGCUUCUCAACUACAAUCCGAUAUGGAAGAAGGUCCCGGUGCUUGUGCAUCGCGGAAAACCAGUCGUCGAGUCAUCUGUCAUCCUUGAGUACAUUGAUGAGACAUGGAAAGAGAAUCCCAUCUUGCCGGACGAUCCUUUCGAAAGAGCCAUGGCCAGCUUUUGGGCUAAAUUUGCAGGAGAGGAGUUUGGACAAGCCAUGUGGCAGGCAUUAUGUGUAUAAGGAGAAGAAAAGAGCAAGGUCGUGGGAUCGGCAGUAGAGGUAGUUAGAACCCUUGAGGAAGGUCUCAAUGGUAACAGGUUCUUUAGAGGAGAGAGCAUUGGAUUUGUAGACAUUAUAGCGGGUUGGAUUCCAUAUUGGUUGGGCGUAUUUGAAGAAGUUGGAUGGAUGAAGGUGGUCGAUCUUCAGAGACUCCCCUUGUUGACUGCAUGGAUAGAGAACAUUCGGGAAGUUGCAGUGAUCAAAGAGAACCUACCACCUCGGGAUAGGUUGGUAAGCCAUAUCCGAAGGCUUUGUCAACAUGAAUUCAAACGGGAUUGAAAUCUAAGUGACAUCCGUCGUGUUGGAGAAUGUUGGAUUUGUGUGAUAAUCACUAGUUUCCGUACUUCAUUAUGAUAUUUAUAGACAAAAACUAUGAGAGGAAGUGAUGAAAAUAGAUACAAGGGAUUGUUCAA